AUGGUAUGGUUUCCAGGGGGUGCUUUUGAGAUUGGCUCAGCUUCCAUCUUCGAUGGAUCUGCACUAGCUGCCUAUGAGAAUGUGCUGGUUGUGAUUACUCAAUACCGGCUUGGAAUAUUUGGCUUCUUCACCACACAGGACCAGCAUGUUUCUGGGAACUGGGGCUUUAAGGACCAGCUGGUUGCUCUUUCCUGGGUGCAGAAGAACAUCAAUUUCUUUGGUGGGGACCCUGGCCAUUUGACCAUCUUUGGCGAAUCGGCAGGAGGCAUAAGUGUUUCCAGCCUAGUUCUGUCCCCCAUGGUCAUUGGUUUAUUCCACAGGGCCAUCAUGGAGAGAUGGGUAGCCAUCCUUCCCUACCUGAAGUCUGCUGGUGAUCAAAGGAGUAAAGAUUUGCAGAUUGUUGCAGAAGCCUGUGAUUGCAAUGCAUCAGACUCCCUGGCUCUGCUGACGUGCCUGAGAGAGAACUCCUCCAAGGAGUUACUGAGCCUUGGCCAGAAAACAAAGUCUUUCACUCCAGUGGUUGAUGGCCAUUUCUUUCUUGAAGAUCCUCUAGAACUGUUGACUCAACAAACCUUCAAAACAGUUCCUUCUACCAUUGGUGUCAAUGACCAUGAGUGUGCUUACUUGCUCCCCAUGAAGACAAUUCCUGAUAUCAUUGAUGGAGCCAACAAGUCUUUUGCCCUUCGUAUGAUAUACUCUAUCUUGAACAUUCCUGCCCAGCUUUUGUAUGUUGUGUCUGAUGAAUACUUUCAUGACAAACACUCUUCUAUUGAAAUCCAAGAUAGUCUCCGGUUGCUUGGAAAUGUGUUGUUUGCGAACCCAGCACUGAUCACAGCUCGCUACCACAGAGACAGUGGUGCACCAGUCUACUAGGAGUUUCAGCAUCGACCCCAAUGUUUUGAAGACACGAAGCCUGCGUUUGUCAAAGCCGACCACUCUGAUGAAAUCCACUUCGUCUUUGGAGCUGCCUUCCUGACGGGGGAUGUGGUCAUGUUUGAAGGAGCUACUGGAGAAGAGAAGCUGCUGAGCAGGAAGAUGAUGAGAUACUGGAGUAACUUUGCUCGGACUGGGAAUCCAAAUGGGGACCACCUGUCUCUGUGGCCAGCCUACAACAAGACUGAAAUGUAUCUGCAGCUGGAUUUGAACAUAUGUGUCAGGGAGAGACUGAAGGAGCAGAGACUGAUGUUUUGGAGCAACACCUUUCCCCUGAUAUCUGCUUCUGAAACUCUCCCCAGCCCUCUUUCUUACUUAAUCUUCGCUUCCCUGCUCUUGCCUUUCCUUUUCUUGUCUUCUUGAGGAUUUAGUUACCUUUGUAGGAUUUUAUUUCCUCUCUACUAUUGUAAUUUCUCUCACAACCAUGAACUCCAUUCUGGAUU